AUGAGUGAGCAGUUAGUGAUGUGGCCAGAUAGAAGCUCACAAAAAAGACUAGUUGGAGUGCAUGAAGUGGAUGUUAACACGUUGAUGUUGGCCAAGAUUGAUGCACUAUCAAAGCAGAUGGAAGCCUUAAAGUACUCUUCUAAUGUUAAUAUGGUGCAAGGGUCACUCCCUAUAUGUGAAACUUCUGGAAUUGAUGCACCAUCAAAGCAAAUGGAAGCCUUAAAGUAUUCUUCGAAUGUUAAUAUGGUGCAAGGAUCACUCCCCAUAUGUGAAACUUGUGGAGUAACUCAUCCAUCAUCUGAAUGCACAUUGCUCAUAAAUCCACCAUUUAUGGAGCAAGCUGCCUAUGCUCAAAAUUUCCAACAGCAUCCAAAAUCCACCAAAAUAAGGGAACCAGGUACGUGGGAAAAGGUAACUGGGUACGUGGGAGGAUGGGAAGAAGCAGUUUCAAAGCUUCAAGAACGAAGUGAUCGGACCGACGCAGCUAUUAACAAUAUUGAAAAUCAGAUUGGGCAGUUAGAAAAAAUCCUAACAAAGAGGCAACCGAGUAUGUGUCCUAGCAACACCGAGGUGAACCCGAAUGAGCAAGUAAAUGUGAUCACAACAAGGAGUGGGGUACAGCUCCCAGAAAUUCAUGUUAGGAGACCUGGAGUUGCGAAAGAUACUAAAAACGUUCAAGAGAUACCAACCGAAUCAGAUGAGUUCGAAGCUCCAAAAAAUCAAGAGGAACAAGAAGCUUCAGCUAAACAAGAGAUCCAAGAGAAGGUGAUGCCACCACCGGUGAAGCCAUAUGUCCCUCCAAUUCCAUUCCCUCAGAGGUUGCGCAAGCACAAGAUGGAUAAGCAAUUUGAAAAGUUUUUGGAGGUAUUCAAGAAACUUCAUAUUAAUAUACCGUUUGAGGAUGCCUUAGCCCAAAUGCCUAGCUAUGCAAAGUUCAUAAAGGAGAUCCUUUCGAAUGAGAGGAGGUUGGAUGAGCACGAGACUGUCAUGUUAACGAAUGAGAGUAAUGCUAUAUUGCAAAAUAAGCUACCACAAAAAUUGAAGGAUCCAAGGAGUUUCACUAUCCCUUGUACCAUUGGUAGUUUAUAUUUUGAACAAGCUUUAUGUGAUUUGGGUGCUAGUAUUAAUUUAAUGCCUUAUUAUAUUUUCAGGGAACUCGGGCUACGAGAAGCAAAGGCUACAAGGAUGUCAUUGCAAUUGGAGGACAGAUCGGUGAAACAUCCACGCGGAAUUGUUGAAGACCUCUUGGUGAAAGUGGAUAAAUUUAUAUUCCCUGCCGAUUUCAUCAUUUUGGAUAUGGGAGAAGAUAGGGAUGUUUCGCUCAUAUUGGGGUGA